AUGGGAUCAAUUUGUUAGUCGCAUUCCUGUUCAGUUGAAUACACAUCUCAAUUGAGCACAAGUGUGAACUUUCUCAAACCGAUAAUUGAUUAACAAUUGUAGGAUGAAAUAAUGGAGGAAUCCUUGUCUCCUACUGAUUUUGACAAGGAGUUCACUACCACCAAGUCAAUGCUUCCCAGAUCUCCAGAUGUCAUACCCAAGUCGCCUUUGAAUUCCCCUACACCUAAUGAUUCAGUUGUAAUAUCUAAAUUUCACAUAACAUCUGACGAUUUUGUUAAGUUUAGAUAUCAGAACUACGCUGAUUCUUAUUAGAUAGAAAGAUCCCUCGGUUCUGGCAGUUACGGCGAAGUCUUCAUUGUCAGAAACAAGCAAACUAGUUAAUUGAGAGCCAUGAAACAAAUCAAAAAACAAUAAAGUUCGUUGAGUAAGAAGUGUUUGAGAGAGAUGGAGAUUUUGUCGAAGUUGGAUCAUCCAUUUAUUGUGAAGGCAAUCGAAGUAUUCCAAGAUGACUAGAGUUACAACAUGAUAAUUGAAUUACUCUAAGGAACUGAUCUACAGGAAGAUAUAUAGAAUAAUAAUAAGUUCACUGAGGAAAAGGCAGCCAACAUAGGUUAUCAGUUGUUGUUGGCUCUGAGUUACAUUCACAAUCAAGAUGUAGUCCACAGAGACAUCAAGCCAGAGAACAUUUUGUAUCAAUAUAACAACGGGAACACUCUCAUCAAACUCAUUGAUUUUGGCAUCUCCACUGAAAUCAAAAAGAAUAGGAAACUCAGUUCUCAAUUAGGAUCAAUGUAUUUUAUGGCUCCUGAGAUCUUCAGUAAAGACUAUGGCAAAUAAAUUGACAUUUGGGCUUGUGGAGUUACCUUAUUCUAUUUGGUUCAUAAAAGAUAUCCCUUUAUGGGGAAGACUAAUUCAGAAAUGAAGAAUGCCAUUAAAAGUGGAAAUCUCUAAUUUGAUAAAUCUAUUACGCCUGAAUUAUAGUGUCUGUUGCUCAAGAUGUUGUAGGUUAAUCCCAAUAAAAGAAUCACUGCUCAAUAAGCAUUACAAGAAGAUUGGUUCAUUAAACAUAGAUUUUUAAGUCAAUUCAAUCAACAACUCAUUUUCAAAUUAAUAAAUUAUCAUUCAACAACUCUAUUCGAAGAACUGAUAUUCUCAGUCAUCACCUACUUUUGUCAAAAUUGCGAUGACCAUGGCUAAGCCAUUUAAACCUUCUUAUAUCUAGAUGCCGAUCAAGAUGGCUAAAUUUCGAAAUAAGAAUUCAAGAAGUCCUUAUAUCAACUCAACAUCAACAAUUCCUCUUAGAAAAUCGAUGACCUCUACUCCACUCUUAACAAAUAGUCAGAUGAUACACUCACUUACAAAGAAUUUCUAGCAGCUUCAGUAGCCAGAGAUAAACUAUAAACAAAGAAAUGCCAGAAAUUUUGUUUUUAAUUGAUUGAUUAUGAUCAAGACGGAAAGAUAUCGGAAUCAGAUUUCUGUCAUCUGAUGGGUAAGGACCACUCGAAUCUUUGGCAUCUUCUAAACACCUCGAAUAGUUUAUAUAUAACAGAAGAAGAAUUUUAUAACAUGUUUAAAUGUUGA